UUCCUGUUUACAGCGUACGUAACACCGCAGUAUGAAACCCCGCCCAUUCUCAUUGACGGUAAAAUGGCGACAGACAGCUGUGAUUCUUCGAACGCGGAGCCUGACAUGGAGCUGCUCAUCACUGACGAGGAUAUAGAAAGGGAAGCGGAGGGCUUUAAAGAGCAAGGCAAUGUCUUUUAUAUCCAGAAGGAUUACACAGAGGCAUUCAGUUAUUACUCCAAGGCUAUCGAUCUGUGUCCGAAGAAUGCAAGUUACUAUGGAAACCGGGCAGCCACACUAAUGAUGCUGUGUCGGUUCAGAGAGGCUUUAGAGGACUCCCAGCAAGCAGUACGACUAGAUAACGCCUUUGUGAAGGGACAUUUGCGAGAGGGCAAGUGCCACCUGUGUCUUGGUAAUGCUAUGGCUGCCAGCCGCUGUUUCCAGAGAGUUCUGGAGUUGGAGCCGGAUAACAGUCAGUCCCAGCAGGAGCUAAAGAACGCAGAAUCCAUCCUGGAGUACGAGAGGAUGGCAGAGAUCGGGUUUGAAAAGAGAGACUUCAGAAUGGUUGUCUUUUGUAUGGACCGUGCCUUGGAGUGUGCAUCAGCUUGUCACAAGUUUAAGAUCCUGAAGGCCGAGUGUUUAGCCCUGCUGGGACGAUACCCAGAGGCACAGUCUGUAGCCAGUGACAUCCUGCGAAUGGACCCCACUAAUGCAGACGCUCUGUAUGUUCGCGGUCUCUGUCUGUACUACGAGGACUGUAUAGAGAAGGCAGUCCAGUUCUUUGUCCAGGCCCUGCGAAUGGCUCCGGACCACGACAAGGCCCGGCUCGCCUGCAGAAAUGCCAAAGCACUAAAAGCCAAGAAGGAGGAAGGAAACAAAGCAUUCAAGGAUGGGAAUUUUGAGGCUGCCUAUGGACUUUACUCCGAAGCACUAACGAUAGACCCCAACAACAUCAAGACUAAUGCCAAGCUGUACUGUAACAGAGCCACAGUUGGUUCCAAGCUGAAGAAACUAGAACAGGCCAUUGACGAUUGCUCAAAGGCCAUCAAACUGGAUGAGACCUACAUUAAAGCCUAUUUAAGGAGAGCACAAUGCUACAUGGACACAGAGCAGUAUGAAGAGGCUGUGAGAGACUACGAAAAGGUCUACCAGACAGAGAAGACAAAAGAACAUAAACACCUCCUCAAGUCAGCUCAAUUGGAGUUGAAGAAAAGCAAGCGGAAAGAUUAUUACAAAGUACUGGGAGUGGAUAAGAACGCCACAGAAGAGGAGAUCAAGAAGGCAUACCGUAAACGUGCACUUUUACAUCAUCCAGACCGUCACAGUGGAGCCAGCCCUGAGGUGCAGAAGGAAGAGGAGAAGAAGUUUAAGGAAGUGGGUGAAGCUUUCAGCGUUCUUUCAGAUCCAAAGAAAAAGUCUCGCUAUGACAGCGGACAGGAUCUAGAGGAUGAUGGCAUGAACAUGGCAGACUUUGAUGCCAACAACAUUUUCAAGGCCUUCUUUGGAGGACCAGGGGGGUUUAGCUUUGAAGCGUCCGGACCGGGAAAUUUCUUCUUCCAGUUUGGUUAACUCGAGAACUUUUCUUCGUAAAGCGUUACUACAUCAGGACUUUACUACAAUGUCAACCCUUCAACCCACCAUCUGUAUUAAUGACUGACUGCAAGUCAGAUUCUUGUCUAUGUCACUGACUGAGUGAAUGCAACACAAUGACCACAUGCAGCCAAUAUUUUAGCGGCCGUUAAAGCAAGGAUACGAAGAUGCCUCCGAUCGGUUAGUUACUGGUUUACGAAGUGGGUUUUUUUCCCUUUAAAAAUGAAAACAACUUUAAAAUCAGUAAUCGGCCAUGGUCCGAAUGUUCCCUGGAUUGUUGAUAAAGGAGAAAAUGUGCAGCUAUUCAAUCAGUGUCUUAGGAUUUGUGCAGGAAGUGCUGUUCUGGAAACUCCUGAGGUGCAAUGACAGUUUUUGUCUUGCUCAUCCCAACUUACUGCUGCGGGAGGAUCUCUGCAUGGAAGCUGGUAACUUGAUCAAUGGUUUCUGAGGAAAAUCACUGAGUAAGCUGCCCUUUAAAAAAUCUGUCAACCUGACCGCAGACUGCUACAAAUUCGCACUGAAAGCUGCUGCCACCUCCUAGCCUGUGGACGCUCUCGGUUAUUGAACAUCUAGAAGCUGGAACCCCAAACCUACACCUUCAGCACGGCCAAAGCACACUAUAAAGGUGGCAGUGGAGGCCAGUUCUGGCUUUGUUUAGUGUCACCAGUUUUAUGUUUGAUGUUGCCAUUCACAGCUUGCUGAAUUGUACCUUUUACUGGAAUGUAAAGCAUUGAUUUGUGCGGUUUUUCUUUUUUCAUAUUUUAAUUUGCGUAUGUAUAUUUAUUGAAAGUUUGCCGUCAUAUGAAACCAAUGUAAGAUAAAGGUGUGUCUGAAAAUGAUCUGAUAUUGAGCCCUUUUUUUUUAAAUCAAAUUGCAGGAAGAAGAUUGAUUUACUGGUUCAUCAUUACUGUUUUAUGCUGCUUGUUUGCAGACUGAUUCAGGGCACCCAAUAUCACUCAGAUCUGUAGAUGGACAAGAGAACAGGAGUAAGAUCAUAAUGUUCUGUGUUGGCUGCUGCCUUGGUCAGCCGUGCUCUGUGGAAGGACGGAAACCUCGAAAUUUUCAGUUACUUCCUGGUGAAGAAAAGAAUUAUGUCCUCAUUUUCCCUCAGUUUUAGCCCCCACUGUCUAAAACGUUCCAGCUGUGUCAAUAAAGUUGGCCAUCUCUGGUUUCCAUGGUAA